CGGAAUUCCUCUGCUCUUGGAGCUUCUGCCUCAUGCUGUUUUACAUUUUGGGAGGGAUUGAAAUGGAUGGAUUUGUGUUGCUGUCAUAGCUGGAUGCACCACAGAGGCCGGGCUGUGGGGAGGAGGAAUGCAUGCAAUCAGCCUUAAGCUCCUCCUGGUGCCUCAGCCACAGGUUUGGAGUGAAAUGUGAGAUCAAGACCUGCUUUAGGAUGGUCCUUGACUUGGUCUCCCUUGUACAGUGAGGCCACAGUGACCGCCUGGGGUGGUCUUUGCUGCGCCGGUGCAUCCCUGCCUGCUCAGAUGGUAGCAUCCUUUCAAUGAUGCAGUUCUGGAUCAGGCUCUUUCUGAGGUCCCUUUGGACACAUCCAUCAGUACAGGAGGAGCACACAGUUGCCUCCUGACUCUGGCUGCAGAUAAUAAAUAACAGUUCAGUGGCUUUUAAUGUUCCCCUCGAGAAGAUGAGUACGAAAUAUUGUUAUUGUGACUCAUGGUUGAAUGGACAGGGCACUCGGUAGUUCUGCACUGAAGGAUGAGCUGUCCCAGUGUGUCCAUGUGCUGCUCAAGCUGAGGGCAGGCAGGGAGGGCCAGCCCUGUUCUAUGCCAAGUAAAUGUCUUAUUGAAUGUAUCCUUGGGUUCAGAGUGUAAAGCCAUUGAAAUCUACCCCAAGUGAUGCACAGUCAACCACAGAGCAUGUAACCAUGCUGGGUGAUGAUCACACCAGGCCCGCCAUUGUCCCCUGUUGGUCCCUGCUGACACUAAAAAUAUCCUACUGAGCCUCCAGUGCAAGCUCCUGUCUUGCAGCACACUUGUGAUGCUGCUGGUACCCAACACAGUGGGACAAAAGCCAACCGGGACGCCUGCUGUGCUGCCAUACUGCUCUGUGAGCCCUGGGUGCUGAUGUGAGAUGAUCACACUCCCCGGGAUGGAAAUAGCAGCCAGAGAGUCUCCCUGGGAGGUCAUUGGUUCAGACUGGGGCCAGCGGUGUUGGUGCUGCCCAAGGGUCACAGCUGCAGGGCCGGGGCACCGGGAGCAGAUGUCCACAGCACAAAGACACCGUUGUACCAAGAGCUCUCAGCAAUGGGUGGGGAAGGAACCCAAGGUUUCGGCUGUGCCGGGACAUCCUUUUGGUGCCGGUGGAGGGCAAGGUGGCAGAAUGGCUCCUCCAGAUCCAGCGGGAUGCAGACAUACCAAGGCCAAACCUGCUAAGGUGGACUGGGUCAUCGUGCCACUGCGCUGGGCAGAGCCACCCUGACAUUUCCCCUCGUGGGGAUGCUGCAGGGGGACCAAAGCCACGGUGCUUUUGAUCCAAAAGCGAGCAGAGCGGCGGGGCUGAGCAGCAAGCAGGGGGGCUGCCUGGGCUCCGUCCGUGUGUCCAUCCCCGGGACGGAGCCGUGCGGCCGCCGGAGGGCAGCAGAGCCCCGGCACUGCCCGCUCCAACCGGCACAGCACGGAGCGGAGCGGGGCGGGGAGGACAGAGAGAAGAGAAAAAAAAAAUAGAAAAAAGAAAAACGAAAAGAAAAAGGGAAAAAGAUGAAAAAGUAAGGUGGGCAGAAGCACUUUUCAAAAGCCAAAGCUAUAGCAACGUCUGACUUAAAAGUAAGAAUAAUAACAUUAAGAACAAUCUCAGACAUGACAUGGUGUUCAACGUCUUAACACAAUAAAGCUGCGAGAAGGUUUCCUCUGUCCUCUAACUCAAAUCGCACAUCAGGUGUGUGUGUAACAUGGGCUGCUGCCUCCCGCAGCCCCGGGGAAGGGAACACUCGGCCCUUACCCAGGAGGUUUUGCUAAAGCGAGUCCUUCUGAUUGCUUAAGGAUGAAAGUUCUCUCCCCCAGGUUUAAGCAGCAAUUGCCCUUGCACAACUGUGGGCAGGAGAGCAGGUGCUGGGGCUCAGCCCCAUAUCUCAGGUGGAGCAGCUCAGCUUAAUGCCCUAUAUGAGCAGGUGGGUAGGUGCUUGUAGCAUUUUUCUGCUUUGCUAUAGCUUUUAGAGAUGGUUUUUUGCUUCUCAGGUGACUCUGUAGGAGACAAAUCCCAGCCUUGCCUCCAGCCCCACCACUUCGCUUUUUCCAUCUCCUUUGCCAGGUGCACGUGGUGUGGGACCAGGCUGAACCCAGCAGCAAGCCUGGGGGAUGCCUUGUGCAAGUAGCUUGUCCUGGCUCUCUGUGUUCCAGCAGUUCCUGGGAGCUCUUCCAUCACCGCCAGCAGCCCUCAGCGCCGCUUCCCGGCCCCGAAGUUGUCCCGGCCGCGGUUCCGCCGCCCGCAGCGCCAUGGAGACGGUGGGGAAGUUUGAGUUCAGCAGGAAGGACCUGAUCGGACACGGAGCCUUCGCUGUCGUCUUCAAAGGCAGGCACAAAGAGAAACCUGAGCUGGAAGUAGCUGUGAAAUGCAUUAACAAGAAGAACCUUGCAAAAUCACAGACUCUGCUGGGCAAGGAAAUUAAAAUACUUAAGGAACUGAAACAUGAGAACAUCGUUGCCUUGUAUGACUUCCAGGAGGUGGCAAAUUCUGUCUACUUGGUUAUGGAGUACUGCAAUGGUGGUGACCUGGCAGACUACCUUCACACUAUGCGGACACUUAGUGAAGACACCAUCAGGCUCUUUCUCCAGCAGAUAGCAGGUGCAAUGAAAAUGCUGCACAGCAAAGGCAUCAUCCAUCGGGAUCUGAAACCACAGAAUAUCCUCCUCUCCUACGCUGGAGGCAGGAAAUCAAAUCCCAACAACAUUCGCAUAAAGAUUGCUGACUUUGGAUUUGCCCGUUACCUGCAGAAUAAUAUGAUGGCAGCAACUUUAUGUGGUUCACCAAUGUACAUGGCACCAGAAGUCAUUAUGUCUCAACACUACGAUGCCAAAGCUGACCUCUGGAGUAUUGGAACCAUCAUUUAUCAGUGUCUGACAGGAAAGGCUCCUUUUCAGGCCAGUAGCCCCCAGGAUCUUCGUCUCUUCUAUGAGAAAAACAAGAUGCUGAUGCCGAACAUCCCCAGGGAGACAUCAAGCCACCUGAGGCAGCUACUGUUGGGCCUCCUGCAGCGCAAUCAUAAGGACCGCAUGGACUUUGAUGAGUUUUUUCAUCACCCAUUCUUGGAUGCAAGUGCCUCAAUGAAAAAAUCUGCUUCUGUGCCAAUGCCUUCUUACCCCAGUUCAGGCUCUGGUAGUUCCUCCAGCAGCUCUUCUACUUCCCACCUGGCAUCACCUCCUCAGUCUCUUGGAGAGAUGCAGCAGCAGCUGCAAGAGAAGGCGUUAGCAUCUCCUACCCAGGAUUCCCCCGGCUUCCUGCAUGGAUCGAAGGACUCUGCUGGAAGCAGCAGUAAGAAUUCAUCCUGUGACACUGAUGACUUCGUUAUGGUCCCUGCACAGUUCUCAAGUGAAAUGACUGCAGAGGCUGCAGGAGGGAAGCCAAUCCAAGACAGCCUGAUGUACAGUGGGAGUUCUCUGGUGACUUCAGCUGGCUUGGAAAGUCAGGGAAGAACACCAUCUCCUUCUCCCCCUUACAGCAGUUCUCCUAGCCCCUCCAGCCGGCCAGGUCAGUUUUCCAGCAGCAAAUACGGACACUCUGUGCCCAUCCCGGUUCCAACUCAAAUUCAUAACUACCGUCGGAUAGAGCAGAACCUGCAGUCUCCCCACCAGUACGCCUCUCCUCGGUCUGGUACGGUCCGGAGAUCUAGCAGUACAAGCCCUCUUGGUUUUCCUAAAACUGGUGCUUCCCCUCCUUAUCCUGGAGACCAUGGAUCUGUGCCUAGCUCUAGAAAGCUUUCCUUUGGUGGUGCCAAGCCAUUUAUGCCAUCACCACAAGUUGGAACGAUCCCGGAGCAGCCCAGCCAGACUGUUAUCCCCUCUUCUCUUGGGGCAGAAGUGAGAAGUCGGAUUCCUGCAGUUGGUGCCUCAGCACCCGAACAUUCUCCUCGAGGGAUGGGCUCUCGGCUCCACAGUGCUCCCAACUUGUCAGAUUUGCAUUCCUGCAGGCAGAAGAUAACCAAGCAGCACUCUGAUCCUCUAGUUGCUCACUUUGGCCAUACCCCAGUCAGCCAACCUCUGCAGAUUCAUGGCCUGCAGCACUGCCGGCAGCUCAGAUCCUCACCAAAGCUGUCUGAGUUCAUGCAGAGAAGCCCAUUGCCAACUAUCGUGGGCUCCCCUACAAAGGCUGUGUCCCCUUUUGAGUUUCCCAAAACCCCAAGUUCCCAGAACCUUCUCACUCUCUUGGCCCAUCAGGGGGUCAUGAUGACUCCAACGCGGAACAGGACCCUGCCAGAUCUGAAGGAGAUGGGUCACUUCCACUGCCAGCAGACUGGCUUGGGGUUGAGGCCUGUGGAGGAGAUCAAGGGCAGAUCUCUAAGCACAGGCAGGCUCACUGACCUGCUUCUCAAGGCAGCCUUUGGGGCACAGAUCUCAGAAGCUGGCAGCAAUGACAGCCUGAACAGCGAGAAGCCAAUGGAAGUUGCAGCUCCCUCAGGUGCUUACGGAGGGACACUGCACUCUGGUGCCCGGGCGGGGGGCUCUGCCAGCCCAUCCCCAGUGAUUUUUACUGUUGGAUCCCCUCCCAGUGGAACAACUCCCCCACAGACCACGAGGACCAGGAUGUUUUCAGUGGGGUCUUCCAGCUCUCUCAGUUCUGGAGGCUCAUUCACUGGCAGGCACUUGGCAGUGGGAACUGGUGGGGAUGCUCUGGAGGGCCCUUCGAGUCUCCGCUAUGCUUUUGCUGAUCCAAUCACCGCUAACCUGGAAGGUGCUGUUACAUUCGAGGCACCAGAGCUGCCUGAAGAGACGCUCAUGGAGCAAGAGCACACCGACAUCCUGCGCAGCCUCCGCUUCACGCUGGCCUUUGUCCACUAUGUGAUGGAGAUUGCUGCCCUGAAAGGCAGCUCCAGCGAGAUGAGCGGUUCAGCAGCAUCCGAAUACCAGCUGCAGGAGAGCGUGGUGGCCGACCAGAUCAGCCUGCUCAGCCGGGAGUGGAGCUAUGCAGAGCAGCUCGUGCUGUACCUGAAAGUAGCAGAGCUUCUGUCCUCAGGCCUGCAGACAGCCAUAGAGCAGAUCAAGGCUGGCAAGCUGUGCCUCUCCUCCACUGUCAAGCAAGUUGUGAAGAAGCUCAAUGAGCUGUAUAAAUCUAGUGUUUCAUCCUGCCACUGCCUCAACAUGAGACUGCAGAGGUUCUUCCUGGACAAACAGAAACUCAUGGAUCAGAUCAACAGCAUCACUGCAGAGAAGCUCAUCUUCAGCUAUGCUGUGCAGAUGGUGCAGUCUGCAGCCCUGGAUGAGAUGUUCCACCACAGAGAGGACUGUGCACAGAGAUACCACAAGGCUCUGCUGCUGAUGGAGGGGCUCCUGAACAUCAUCACUGAACAGGGGGACAUAGAAAACAUCAACAAAUGUAAACUGUGCAUCGAGCGCAGGCUAUCAGCUCUGCUGUCGGGGUUCUGCGCCUGAUUUGAGUAAUGUUCUCCACGCACCUCAUCCCAGCUGAUCACCUUGUUUCCAAUGGCCUGUUGCUGUGGUGGAAACAAUUCUGACAGCAGGACACCUGGAGGAUGAACUGCUCAAUGUUCCGCGUUCUGGCAUUUUGGGAAGUUGUUCCACAGUCUUAGAUUCUUUUGUGGGGGCUGUGUGACUGUAGAAGCACGAAUGCUUCCCUGUCCAAAGGCCUGGACGAAGACGAAGCUGAUGUGGAAAUUUUCGCUCAUCGGCAGCAGGGAUGAAGGAUAGCAGUCUGCUUCUUCCCAGCACUUCGAAGGAUAAGACUGCUGCCUGUCCACUUGCUUAAGAACAGGGUAUUCCAGUGCUGUCUCCAUUGCAGGCAAUGGAUGUGCCUAAACUGCUGGCUUCAGUUAAUGUUGGAGGCUGUCGUUCAGAAAUUAAGGCCAGUUUGUGUACUUCCCCCUACCCAGCUGACAGCCGGGCACCUUCAAGCUUCCUGACAGCCCCGGGCUCCCCGCCUGUCUCCUUCAUCCCGUCUCACACACGCUGAAGCCUUGGAGUGUGCGCAGAGCCGAAAGGAAGGAAGCUGCGCUUCGCCUGAGCGUGGCUGAAGUCACGGCUGCCUUCUGCAGAUGCAUUGAGCGAGGCUGGGAGCGGGUUGUCUGGGAUGUUCAGAUCUCUGUGGCUGUCGCCUGGGCUGCCUCUGUCUGCGGGUGGACAAACGGCGCAGGGAAAGAGACUGCACAGAAAGCAGGAAGGCGACAGGAAGCGUGACUUCCCUGUCUUUCUCAGAAGCCAAAACGAAUCCGUUCCUCCCUUGUUCCCCGAGCUCAAUGGGGUCAGCAUUAAAGAUUCCUGGCUGUCAGUUCAGCCCGUCAGUACAUAUCCACCACAAGGGAGCAGUAGCGCUGUCCUGCUUUCAGCUGUUGGCUUGAGACCCUUCCCAGAGCCCUCACCCUGAACUGAGAACACUAGCUUUGUGAAUCAAAGGAGCACUUUACACACUAUGGGAACUUUCAGAAGUUGACUUUGCAUCACACAACAACCCAGGAACAUCACGACUGUUAGGAAUGCUGUUCUUUUUAUUCCUUUCCUUGUUUCCUGGUUGUUUUAUUGCACUACGUGUGUGCAUAUAUUAAUAUGUAUUCCUGAGGUUGAAUAUAUAUUGAUAUAUAUGGUUUGUGUGUAACUGUACGUAUUUAACUGUACUGUAUUUGUGAGUGUGAGGCACUGCGGAGUCUGUGCUGUUCCUCCUCCAUACCAGGCAACGCUGACUCGCAGUCUGGCAGUACCAAGAUGUUUCUGUCUGUUUGGGUUUUUAUUUAAGUGUUCUUUUAAGGACAGUCAGUGUGAAGCUCCGUGCUUUUUAAGAGCUCGAGAACAGGUGUAAGAUCCUACACACAAUUGGAAAUGGAUUCUUUUUUUCUUCCUUUUUUUUUUUAAGUUUUAUUUGCUGCUUCAUUUUUUUUUAUAAAGAAAUCUGGUAGCGUUCGGUUCAAUGUUCAGCAUUUCUUUUCAGGAGACUCUGUAGCCAAAUGUGACUGCAGGUGUGAGUGGCUCGAGUUCUGGUUGAGGCUUCGGAUGCUGUGAGCAGAUGUGUGAGAGGAUCGCAGCUGCCUUCCGUCUGUCUGCGUGCGCAUGUGUGUGUCUUAAUUUAUCAGUCAUGGCAGUAUUUUGGUAGCGCUGGGCAGAAAAGGAUCUUUGAAAGCAACUCGAAACCUCAGGCUUUGUUUCAGGGGAUUUAAUAAUACUUUGCACACGGUGGUUAAGUCCUCACUGCAUUUUUUUUUUCCUCUCGAUAUUGGCAUGUUCAGCGUUGAUACUUUACAGUGGUUUCAGGAGCAACUCAAUUGGCUUGAGCCGGCAUCAUCUUUGGCAGUGUGGAUGUUUGUGAUCACGGAGUAGAAAUGCCAAGAAGGAAAUUAAGAAACAUUUUUGAUUCCCCCAACCAGGGAGGCUUAGACAUAGCUCACACAGUCAGUAUUGGGCCUCUGCUGCAUCGUGCAUUCGCAGCCCGCCGCUGCCUUCUGCGGCCGCUUCUGCUUGGGCCUGGAGGAAAAAAAAGACAAGGCAAAGAAAACAACAACCGGGAGACGAGACGGCCCCCAGCCUGUGGCCAGAACGGCCGAAGAGACGCGGAUCGCUUCCAAAGGGCUCGGGGUUGCGCACAGGGCUGCGCCGCAGGUGGGCACGCGCGCAGCAGGAAGGCGCUCAGCCAGGACUGCCCUGCCGUGCACGCGCCUGCUGCUGCCCUGCGCCCCCUGCAGUCCCACGCCUGCACUGAUUGCUUCUAAGGAACGCAGCCCGGGUUCCGUGGUUGUGCCGCAGGUUUCGUGGUCCGUGUACGUGGCAAGCUCAGCACUAACCUUCCAGCUGUACUUAAUUACUUGAAUGUAUCAGAAUUGUCCACAUUCAGUGUACACGAAUAUAUAUUGCUCCAAAAAAUCGUGGUUUACAGCCCUGCAACCGAGAUAGAUAUAUGUGUGUUUGUGUAUAUACAUACAAGCUGUGUGUGUGUGUAUGCAUAGUAUGCACACAAACGCAAACGUGUAUAUAUGUUUUCUCUCAAUACUUGAAACUUAGCCACUGUGCUUGAAUUUAAAAAAUAUAUAUAUAAAAAAAGAAAAACUAGGAAAAAAAGGAAAAAAAAAAAAGAAAAAAAACCAGACAGGUGAUUUAUUUUGCCAUCACUUUGGUGACUUUUAUUUUUUAUCUAAGUGCAUGUAGCGUGAAACCAACUUUUUUUUGGUGGAAAAUAUUUAUUGCUUUGUAGACAACAAGGAAUGCAAAAAAAAAAAAAAAAAAGAAAAAAAAAGCAAAAGAAAAUCCCCCCAACACUGUUGAAGUUGCUAGCAUAGUCCUCUUGCUAUUGUCAUGGCUUUGUUACUGUUGCAGCGUUUGUGUGUAGCGUCUUAAUAGAUUUCAAGAAACCUCAGCCUAAUCACACGUAUCUUCAGGUUUGUGAGAGCGUAUGAUGAUGUUCUUUAUGAGGUAACGCCCGAUACUUUGUCAACGUUUUUUAUUUGUGUUUUGUGUGACUUUUUUUUUUUUUUUCUUUCUUGGCUUUAAAUUGUACAACGCCGAUUUAAGAAAUAAAAUUGUUUGGAAGUUGUUA